AUGGCCAGCUCAUCAUCUGCUCGUGAAAUGAUGGAUGAGUCGGAGGAACUCCAAGAGAAAGCUCGUAGCACACUUGAUACUGUGAGACGGUCUGGGAUUGUGCAAAACUAUAUCAUGCCAACUGUCAACUGGGUUCGUCAAAAGUAUUCGAGCGCGCCCAUGUUGAUUCGAAUCACCUUGAUGUCCUUCUUCAUCCUCAGUGCAGUUCCCUUGGCCUGUUUCGCCGGGUUCAUGGGUGUUGUCACACUGGGAUGUUUGAUUGUCGGGGGCAUCGCGUUCACAAUUGGCGGCUUUGCCAUGUUCGCAUCUGCCUUCCUUUUGCCAGCAUUGGGACUCGUCCUUCUGAUUACGGGCGCUUUAGGUCUGUUUGGAGCGGUUGUGUAUGCAGGUUAUUCGUUGACAUCUUAUGUGGUCGGUGCCAUCAUGGGUCCAGGCCAGAAGCGUGAACUCCAGCGUACUGUCGGACGCGGCACUGAGCAUGCAGCCCGGUCUGCAGAAGAAGCUGCUGGAGUAUCUGAAUGA